GUCAUUUGGUGCGGGCGCCCUACAGCGUGCACUAGGCCAGAUAAACCGAAUCAGUUGCUUUCUGCCGUUCGAUAUUUUCGCAGCUCUCGGCGACCGCGUGCGACACCAGAGCCACCGCCAGCUCAGUUCACAAGGUGUGGUGAUCGAGUCCAGACCGAUCCGAAGAAAUUAUUUGUGCUCUUGAGUUUGCCACCGGGCAGAUUCGAAUAUUUGUUUGUUGCGCCAACCCCGAAUGAAUUAGUGGCCCGGUUCAGUUCCCGGUGAAUUCUUGACGUCCGUUCAACCCGCGAGAACGAGGUUGCGGGUUUGUGGUGUUUGGCGAAAGUGUUGGUUGGUUGUGUGCGUUUCUUUGAGGGGGUUUGUGAUAAAAAAGGGGGGAGCAGUUUGGUGUGCGUGUUUCCACCCGGCGUGGUGCCGAAAUUUGGCGCGCAUCCGACGAAACGGGUGAUUAUUUGUUUGAAAUUGUCUUGGAGAGUGUCUGGUCGAAGUGUGCUCUUUAGUGGAUGAAACGUGUGUUAUAUGCAGCUCGUGCUGGAAGCUAAUAUUGUGGUCGGAUUAAAGGCCGGCUCACCGACUAACGCUCGCGCUUGAAGCAGCAGCAGCAGCAGCAGAAUUUGCAGUCCAAUUUAAGGUUAUUCCCCAGGUGGCCAGGAACAACAGCAAAUGCGCUGACCCUUGACUCACGGUAACCAGAUCCCAUCAACCAGACACCAGCUUUCCCGCUCGUUUCCUGUGGAUGCGCGUGAAGGUCUUCUGCAAAGAUACGAUAUCAAACGAAAUCAUCAUCAACAUCAAGAGGCAUCCCGCUUGAAAGGAGUCACAAAAGGCUUGCAAAAAAGGGAAGCUCACCACCGUUGGCAACACGACGGACGACGUCCUGCUUAAAAACUUGAUCCUUGCACACAUUUUUCUGCUUCCGGUUAUUGCUCAUCGAAGCGUACGGGCGAAGCCUAACGGGAAGUAUCAUCGGUUUGCUAGCGGAAAAGGGGAAAAAAGGAAAUUAUACUCCGCUUGGUUCCCGGCAGUUGAAGUGUGGGUAAAAAGGAUACACACGCUACAAAUUCCGUCCAAGGGGACGAAGCACCGCGGAAGAAAAUUAGUACCCACUCGGCGCCCACUUCGGUGAAAUAAUUUUAAUUAAAUUCAGUUCACGUGGACGUCGUGCCACACGUCAGUGGAUAGUACCCGGUUGGUUCCGAGCCUGUGUACUAAGCUUUCAAUUAGUGUGUCCGCUUUUCGCGAGAGCAUCAUUUUACUGCCCGCGAUUGUGCGUCCAACCCGAAUCGGAUAAUAUUUCAGCGUGUAAUCGGUGCUCUUUUCGCACAACUGAACUCCUUCUGAAGGAAGGUAACACAUUCUUUGAUUAAUGGCAGCUGGCUUCAGCAUGGAUUCGAAAACGGUAUUACUCGUCAUUUGCAUGCUGGCGAUGGUGGCGCUAGCGCUGGCCGAAAACGACACGCGGCACGAUGUGGAAGCCAAGCCACAGUACCGCCGGUUCAAGCGUAUGUACGUCAUGUGCCCGCCAAAGUUUAGCCGCAUCGGGAACGAGUGUUACUACAUCUCGCCCAACAAACAGAACUGGCUCGAUGCGUACUUCGAGUGUAAGGACCACAACAGCAAGCUGGCCGAGCCGAUGAUGUACGAGGACAAGCAUCUCCGGAAGUAUCUGCAGAAAAUCAAGCUGUCAGAAGACCUUUGGAUCGGCGGUACCUUCAACUGGAAGCUGAAGAAAUGGCAAUGGGGACACAAUGGGCGCGAGAUCGAGUAUCAAUCGUUCAGCCAAAUCUUUCCUGGGAGCAGCAAGGAUCUGAAGUUCAACUGUGCACUGCUACGGUCAGACCUCAAGUUCAGAUGGUCGGCCGAAGAGUGCACAAAGAAGAUCAAUUUCAUCUGCCAACACCGGAUGCCGCUAGUGUCUGCCUCGGGACGGUACAGUAUGUACGACAAGUGGAACAAGACCUACCCCGACCAGAAGGCCAACGAGAAGAUGGUGUACAUCAUGAACGAACCGAACAAUCGAAACAAUCGAAGCAAUUACGUCAAACCACGCAUCUACAACAGCAUGAAGCGGGUAUUGCAAUCAAACCCUUCGAUUCAACCGCGCCCGGCACACCGUCGCAGUCAGAUGCCCGCCAGGAAGCGGGUCGUCGACCCCACCGGUCCCUUCUACAUCCCGCCGGAAGUGGUCGGCCGCAAGCAACACCUAGCCCAGUACGCACCGGACACACCGAACGAUAUCAACACGAUCGAUAACGGACAUCGGAACGGGUACCAUCACACGGUGUCACAGUUUAACGUUGACUUUAGCCCACGCAAUGGCAAGAACCGGGAGGCCGGUAUGGCACGUGGCUACCGCAUGGGGCACGGAUCGGCACGUGUAGAAAGCCACCUACCACAUCAACACCGUCACCAACCGGGACAGCACAAAACCACCAAGCGUACCCAUUUCUUCGUACCGACACGUCCUCCAACGAACGCGCCCAGUACUACCAGUGCCACCACAACGACGACGACCACCACCACGACGACAACUACGACGCCAGCACCGCCGCAAACUACGGGCCGACCCCCGCUGACCACCAGAUUCCCGAGCUACCCGAUGACCCACAGCCAGAAGCACACGACACACCCGAUGAGCACGGACGAGAAGAAGUCGAAGCGGGAUCGGCUGCGCGAACGGCUCCAGAAGCUAACGUACGAGGAGCAGCUGCUCUUCUUCCAGGACCGUGCCAAGCGGAAGAAGAUGAAGGAGCAGCAGCAGCUGCGCAAACAGCAUCGCGAAAAUGAGGUGGUCCAGUAAAGAUGGCACAGUACACACGCAGAGGUUCCUAGUAGCAAACGUUCCGAGGCGUCAGAGGUGAUCACCGGUGAAGGAUUCUCUGAGAAGCCUUGAAUCCUAGCACAACUAGCGUAGUACGAGUCUUCUUGGGAACAACACCAAUACACGAACAACAAGCACCUUCGAGAUCGAACGAUGAUGGCGCUACUACACACUAGCAACCAACCAACCUCGUUUAACCUCAAUCCGAACAGAGUCCACACACACAUAUCGAUACGAUCGAUAGCAUCAUACUUUCUCGAGGAAGCUUGGUGAAGCUUUUCGUGGUUUUUUAUGUAUAAUUUUUCUCUAAGAAUUUCAUUCUUUGCAUCCUGAUGUUACAUAGUAACGCCAGCGUGGAUUUCGAGUUAGGCAGAAGAUAAUUUAUACCUGGAACUUACAGCAGGAACAACAAACAAAUAGCAUCAGUAGCAAUCAUUUACUACAGUCUCUAACACGAUAGUACUUUAGUACGCUAUCCCCCCCCCCCCACCCCCUUCCAAAGCAUGUAUAAGAAAUCAUGUUGAAUAAAUCCGUUAAAACUUUAAACGAGAGAAACCUCCCCUUUUUCCACCCAUCCGAGAUGGUACACACACAACAACAAAAUCGUCUUUCGCGCAUUACACAACUUUACAAAUCUCGUUCAAUGAAACUGUUAGCAAGGUAGGGUGUUAGCGAUACAUACUAAGAGUAUAAGAGAAGUUCGACCAAAACGAGUUAAGUAAAUAGAGAAAAAAAAAUCUUAAAAAAAACACUACUAAACACAUGAAACAAUUCAAGAAAGAGAAGAGAAAGAAAAAAAAGCAAAAACCUCAAAGCGUGAAACAAAAUGCCGGGUGUUACGGCUUGUGCAGAACAAAUCAGCUCGUGAAGAGCGGAGCGAAGCGAACGUAUACAACCAGCAGAAAGUGAAGCUUUUCAAUCCUGAUUUUAAGAAAUAGUACUAACAACAGUAGAAUAAAGAGAACGAAAGGAAAGCAAAAUGGUUUAGGUGAAAAAAUAAAGUUUGGAAAAACGAUGAGGAAAAAAAAGGGAUUGGAAGAAAAAAUUGAGUAGAAUUGAUCGCCGACCAAUGUCCUCGUCGAUGUAAAGUUAAGACUAACAUUAGCGCUUAGUUCGUAUUGCCAUACUAUUACUACUUAUUACUACAAUCACUACUAGUAGGCGGAGAAGGAUGAUUAUGGUUACUAUUGCUACCGUUGCUGUUCGUACUACACUUCUGCUCUAGAAGGCUCCUAGUAACGGGCAGCGAUGGAUUUAUUUCAUUAUUUGAAGAGCUAGGGAUAUCAAGUUAAAGAAGCACAAAUGAAACUCUGUGACCAGGAAAGUGAAGUGACCGAGAGUUCCGAUUCUCGCAGCAACAAGCAAAACGCCAAAACGCGAACGUAUAACAUAUUUGUAUAACCUUAAAAUCUACAAAACGGGCCCGAAGGAUAUAUUUAACGAGAAGGAAACGAACCAAAGUCACCCGGUGACUUUUUUGGUUUUGCGAGGGAAUCAAAUCUCGUCACGGGCGAGAGAGGCGAAGUUGGGUGAAGCAAAUUGAAGGAAUUGUGGCGGAGCAGUGUUUAGGGUUAUAUGUACGAUAGUAAGCUCCUGUAUACCUGGGUGUGUCUUGUGAGCGUGCCAAGAUCGUCUGUGAAGAAUUUGCACACCAUAGAGCCAGCCCCCAUAGGUCCCCAUAGGGGAUGUUGCCCGGUGCGGAACUCCAGUACGCUAGCUAGUAACAGGUCACAUACAACGAGUUCGAAACGAAACAAAAGUAUUUCAAUCAAGCAACAUAUUAGUACCCAUAGGUACGCAGACAGAACAAAUUUACAGUACACACCACACACACACACACCAAACCAAUCGAUGCAGUUUCCACUGGUGGAUGUGGAUGUCCCGAUCCCCGAUAUCCGGCAUAGGACAGCGCACAUUUGAAUUGUUUUACAAAACAGCGAAGCAUACUACUGGUUGCAAUAAAGUAUUACUUGAGCGAU